CACCUACGACGAUCAAACGGACUCUGCUCUAUGCAGAAAAACACAGGAGAAGCUGAGGAACUCUAGGUUUAUUUUUACCUAUGUUUACAAUGAGAACUUCAAGACCUCUAAGUACCAGUUUCGAAUCAUCAUGCUAGGAGACUCCACCGUGGGCAAAUCAUCCAUGUUGAAGCGCUACACUGAGGAUCUGUUUCUGGAGUGCAUCAACCAAACAGUCGGAGUGGACUUCUAUGUACACUUCCUAGAGGUGGAACCUGGGGUGAGAGUCAAACUGCAGUUCUGGGAUACAGCUGGUCAAGAGAGGUUUAGGUCUGUGACUCGCUCCUACUACCGUAACUCAGUCGGAGGUCUUCUGGUGUUCGAUCUGGGCAACCGCAAAUCUUUCGAAAACGUGCAGCAGUGGUAUGCAGAGGUGUGCGAACGUGUACAACCCUACACUGUGCUCUUUGUGCUGGUGGGACACAAAAGUGACCAGGUCAAAGCUGGAGAGCGAGCCGUGGACCGAACUGAGGCAGAAAAGCUCGCAAGCCAAUUGGGAGCGCCGUACAUCGAGGCCUCAUCAAAAACGGGUCACAAUGUGAAAGAGGCCUUUGAACUCUUGACCCGGAGGGUUUAUCAGGGCAUAAAAAGUGGAGAGAUCCAGUUGCGUGAGGGGUGGGAUGGAGUCAAGAGCUCAGCACCUAGAGCCCAAACACUCCAGAAGAUACAAAACAAUGAAGCCGCUGAGAAAAACAAGAGCUGUGCUUGUUAACUUACAAUAUGUGGUUCUCGCAAAUUUUGUGUAGAUCUUC